GAUUUGUUAUAAAAAAAAUUUGACAAAAAUAGACAUCUGCAGAGUUUUUACGAAAUAAUAAAAAAAGUGUUUUGAAAGGAUAAUUUAAAAGUAUAUUUUUUACCAAAUUCUUAUGGUACCAAACUCGCAAUGUUAUUUGGGAAGCUGAUCUACAGCAAUAAUAAAUUAAGAGAGCAACAACAAAGAAAGCUUUGUAAGUCAAAAGCACAAAUAUAUUAUGACCACAGUAUACAAUGGACAACAACAAUUGGAGUUGAUGCGUGCCAUAGCCUUGAAGGCCCUCAUGAGCUCCGGCGGUGAUAAUUGUUUUUGCUCCGUGCAGAAACCUACUAAAUUUAUUGUUACCCUAAAGCCGGUGGCCAAGGUACCUAAUACGGAUCCUUUUAUAAGGUUGCAACAAAAACCAAGCAGCUGUACAUGCAACAAUGAAAACCCUCGAAAGAAACCUACCACAGACCAAAUUCAAAUGCGCAACAAUAAUGAAGCUAUAAAAGGCAAAACGCUACUGAACGCCUUUCGUGUAUUAACUAAUUCCAAAUUCAUCUCAAUCGAUCCGAAAUAUGAUUACGGCAACAAUGCUAUUCUCUCCCCAUCUCACGAAAAGAUUCGUCUCACUGGUGGCGGGUGGAAUACUUCACAAACUAAAAAAAAUCAUUCUAAAGCUCUCAUAGACCAAAGUAGGUCUCUGAAACAGAGAGAAGAAAAGGUGAAGCAGGAGAAAAACGCAAAAGAGGUUAGUUCUAAAGAAAGUCUAAGGUCAGCAGUGUGUCAAAAUGAGCGAAUUUAUCGUAUACUGCAGCACAGUUGUUUUGAGAAAAAUUCAUCCAAAACGCCUCUAAAAUGUCGCAUUGUUUGCCUAGGAGAAAGCAAAAGUAUAGAAAACAAAAAAGAACCAAAGAAAGAACAUAAAAAGGCUUCUAAAAAACCGUUAAAAAAUCGUGAGCAAUUAAAAAGAGAGUUGGAAAGUGACCCAGAAGAGAUGGCGCUACAGCCGCCACCACUAAUUCCCCCAGUCGCAAGACCACCACCAAUACGCCAGGAAAAAGCGGUUGGUACAAGUGAUGAAUCUGGUACAGCUGCACAGCAACAAAUCACAUUUGAUGUGUUGCAAAGGGACCCGCUAAAGUAUUUUGCCGAAACGUGCCCUGGUGUAAAGCAAACGGAAGGAGAAAAAAUAGAGAAGUCACCAUGCCCUCUAGACAUGGUUCCAUUUCCUGGCAUUCGGAAACCAGAAACUAUCGAGAAAGCUCCACCACCCGCUGCGCCGCCGGAACUAGCAGGCCAGUUGCAACCUGAACUUUCUCAUCAAAUAGCGAAGGAGGAGCGAUUGCCUUGCCACGAAAAAGAGGUUCACAAAUCGCACGAACCGGUCACACCACGAAAGCCGCCAGAUAUAUCUAACGAAAUUAUUGUACAACAGUGUCAUCGCAUUCAGAAUUUGGAGUUACAGGUAAACGAAUUGAGGCGCGAACUCGGCAGGAUGAAGACAGAAAUCAUACCACCUGACGAUAUGUUACGCUGUACUGCGCUUACAUCGAAAUUACGCGAGCUUACGGCUUUGCUCGCUGAUCUAAAGAAUCAUCAUGCAGAAGCGAUAGCUACAGUGAUUAUGCCACGAAAGCAAUUACCACAAAGUACGGAAUGUAAAGCACUAACUCAAACACCGGCAAUCCCACAAAUGAAAGUGGAGACUGUACAAACCUACUUCCCUGCUGACCACAAAGAUCAACACUCACAAACAAAUGCCAGCUUUGGUUGCCAUCCCUUCGUUGACACACAAAGUUCCCCACCCUCAAACGCAUCUGCGACUCCUAAAAACACGUCUAGCGAGCCGGCAAGUAGCCACUCUAGCUCGAUAGCUAGUUCUAGUCUACCCUGUCGACAUGGCAUAGGUGAGAUGCAACUGGCAGAGUCGCCCAGUUUUUGCCCACACUGUCAGCGAUGCGAACAUCCACCAUGCGUCUACGUCCAGCGGAAUCUACAUGACGAAAUCAUGCGGCUUUUACAUUAUCACAGAUCUUGCGAUGCAUUGUUGUCAGUGCUGCUUCAACCGAAUAAUUUAUAUCAUAUAAAUAUUUCGGUAAUCGGAACUGGUGAGCCCUUAGGUUGCAUUUAUGCCUCGGAGCAUGCCAUUAAUGAGGCCGUCGCAACAGAGGUCUUCAGUAGAUUCCUAACGUUUUUUAUAGUGGAUGCGCACAUUUCGGUACAGCAAAAGGACAAAAUUCUAGCUCAUACCUUCGAAUUCUUCAAGAACUAAUCAAGAAAUUUAUACUUGAAAACUCAUAUCAUGUAUUGAAUUUGGACUUACGGUUAGUGAGAUUUCCGUCGUGGUUAGUAGUUUGUAAAAUGUGGAGCCUCUUUGUUGGUUUUGUUUUAGUAAAGGUAAAAUGAUUCGGUAGCCUUUUAUUUAUUUUUAUUUUUUACUAUUAUAAAGCACAAACACACGUCACUUAUCGAACUGUUGUAACCACACAAUUAGCACUUAACAGUUAGCUGUGCGCUAUUGCCUAAUUUGUAAAAUCUGUGAGUAAUAAAAUUUUCCAAUACAAAUACAA